CAGCGGCGGCCGCGGCGCAGGCAGCACCCCGAUGUCCGCGGCGCCCGAGAAGCAGCAGCCGCCGCGCGGGGCGGGCGCGGGCGCGGGCGCGGGCGCGGGCGGGGCGGGCGCGGCCAUGGAGCCCGCGGCCGCCGGGCCGCCCAAGGCCAAGAAGGCGAGCGCGGGCGUGCGGCGCCCCGAGAAGCCGCCCUACUCGUACAUCGCGCUCAUCGUCAUGGCCAUCCAGAGCUCGCCCGCCAAGCGCCUGACGCUCAGCGAGAUCUACCAGUUCCUGCAGAGCCGCUUCCCGUUCUUCCGCGGCGCCUACCAGGGCUGGAAGAACUCGGUGCGCCACAACCUCUCGCUCAACGAGUGCUUCAUCAAGCUGCCCAAGGGGCUCGGCCGGCCCGGCAAGGGCCACUACUGGACCAUCGACCCGGCCAGCGAGUUCAUGUUCGAGGAGGGCUCGUUCCGCCGCCGGCCGCGCGGCUUCAGGAGGAAGUGCCAGGCGCUCAAGCCCGUGUACGGCGUGGUGGGCGGGCUGGGCUUCAACGCGCUGCCCCCCGACGCCUACGGCUUCCAGGGCGCGGCCGGCGGCCUCCCGUGCGCGCCCGGCGGGCUGGCGCUGGACGGCGGCCUGGGCGUCAUGAACGGCCACUUGCCGGGCGGCGUGGACGGCGUGGCGCUGCCCGGCCACGGCCACGCGGUGCCCCACCUGCCCGCCGGCGGCGGCGGCCACGCGUACAUGGGCGGCUGCGCGGGCGCGGCGGCCGGCGAGUACGCGCACCACGACGGCUCGGUGCCCGGCUCGCCGCUGCUGCCCGCGGCCGCCGGCGGCGUCAUGGAGCCGCACGCCGUGUACUCGGGCCCGGCCGCCGCCGCCUGGCCGCCCGCGGCCUCGGCCGCGCUCAACAGCGGCGCCUCCUACAUCAAGCAGCAGCCCCUGUCCCCCUGCAACCCCGCGGCCAACCCCCUGCCCGGCAGCCUCUCCACGCACUCCCUGGACCAGCCCUACCUGCACCAGAACAGCCACAACGCGCCCGCCGAGCUGCAAGGCGUCCCGCGGUACCACUCCCAGUCGCCCAGCAUGUGUGACCGCAAGGAGUUCGUCUUCUCCUUCAACACCAUGGCGUCCUCGUCCAUGCACUCGGCCGGCGGCGGCGCCUACUACCACCAGCAGGUCACCUACCAAGACAUCAAGCCCUGCGUGAUGUGAG